CAACUCACACCUCACAUCACACUGGCAACAACACCUUUGGUCACCUCAGCAAAAGAUCAGGAGAACCAACCAGAAGCUAGAGACGGUACCUGCUUGGCCAACGAUCCCCCGUUCCCGUCUACUCCCCCCACCCUUUGUCCUCCCUUUGGACCGACCGGACUUGUCCGCGACCUACAUCUUUCUGCUACUUUGAGCGAAAGUCGAUAACGCACAAAGACCACGGGUGACCACCAUCAAUCAGAAUCGCGACCAUGCAAUAUCGGUCUGACAGAUAGAUCACCGAGAGGGAAUUGGAAUUGCAUCACUAUUUGCGCAGUGCUUCUUCGACUGCAGUCAAGUAGAUAAGCAGAUAGAUCCGAUCAUGGCUCGACCCAGUUUUCGCCCAUCACCAACAUCAACUUUGCCAACCGCAACAAGCAGUUCGAGCUCAGGACCUGAUCGUGGAGUAUCGUCAACGUGGCUACUCACCUCGUCGCCUCCAGCACCACCACUACCAUCUUUGAAAUCGAAAAGGACCCCGACAGCGGGCCCAAGCCGAGCGAGACGGGCUUCAGAAACGACUGAUCACUCGCUUGUCGCUCGACAAGGAGCAUCAUCAGGGCCCGUCUUUGAAGGCUACCCUUCAUGUGACAAUGUCGGCAACACUCUCCUCUCCUGUUUCCCUCUCUCGAAUACCACUAUCACGCAAUCCACCUGGUCAAAGUUCAUCUACAACUCGAAUUAUCCAUCGUUUGUCGAGAACGGCGAGGUGGACGUCUGGCUGUAUCAAGCCGAUUCGGGGGAAGAGGUCAGGAACUGGAAAGGGAUUCCUACAAGGCAAGGGAGCGUUGAGAUCAGGCCGGACGAGGACUGGUGGAAGGACCAAGAUCGAGCGACCGAGUUGACCCAGGGAGGCAGGGAGACGUACAGUUUCUACUUUGUCGUCGUUCCUGGGGGCGAGACGCUGAACGGUGGAGAACCCCAUCAAAAUACCUUUCGAGCGGUACAGACCGCCUUACCGUCGGCGGUACUGGCUUCGAUCUCCAUGUCGUCCGCUUCUGCGUCGAUGGCAUCCGUCUCCUCGGCUUCGCUCGCUGCGGCAAGCAGCAGUUCAAGUGCGGGUACGACGAGUACUGAAGGAGGAAAUAGAAGUGGCCGGGGUGCAGAUGGCACUCUACAGAACGCGCAAUCGGGAGGAUCUGGAUUUCCGAAAUGGGCCAUCGCCGUGAUUGUCAUCCUAGGCGUAUUUCUCAUCAUCUCCCUACUCGCACUCUGGUGGUUCCUUCUUGCCGCUUCCCGUCGAAACAGGCGGAGAGAUAGCCGUAUACAAGAAAACAAAGCUUGGAAGGGGGAAGAAGGGGGUCAUGCGCCUGACGCUUCGAUAUCGACAGCCGGUGGCGCACGAAGCGAUCAAAAGCAUGCAGACAUUGCCGAAAGUCAAAUCAUGGACGAAAAGGCGCCGAUCUCUCCGCACGAUGAGCCAGAAUCGAGUGCAAUCCCAGUAGCAGCUUUCGCUGCGAGACGCGACCAGCAUCAGGACUCGUCGAGCAUCGCUACUGCCCGGCCAGUAUCCCAAAACUCGCGCGCCUCGCCGAUUCCGACUCUGAAACCGUCGACCUUGGCUCUGAAUCGUCAAAGGUCAGGCACAUCGGGUAUCGGAUCGCACGUCUCGGUACCGGGACCCGCAGGCUCCCUUGCGAUGGGAGCGGAUAACAGCAGUAUCGCUUCGUCUGGACCGAUCAGUCCAGGCGAAGCCGAGGAUCUAGCUGUAGCUUUCAGGCAAGCGAUGCGGAAGGCGGGUGACCAACCGCUGACUGAGGACAGCUCGCCCGAAACCGAAAGUCCGCCUGCAAGGACGACCGCGAGCACGCUGAUGAGGCAAGAGCUCCAGGGCGAGGGAGUUGGCAUCAAACCCGUUGGGGACCGCAGGAGUUACCAUCUACAAGGACUCGAUGAUGACAGUGACUAGAACUGGACGUCGACCGUCUCAUCAUCUUACUCUCCCCUAUUACGACAUUGGGAUCCUGGACUUCUCUCUUUCUUUAGGACACGACACGAGGCUUAUACCAGGAGAGAAACCUCCGCCAAGCAUCCUACCUCUUCUCGACAAUGGUCCACAUGAUUCAGGCUUCUUUUCCUCACGAACGGGUCCGAUGGACU